AUGCAAGACUUCCUCGCGGCAGAAACCGGAGCGCUUAGCGACUCGCUACGAGAAGCCGAGGGGGAAAUCGUGAGGCUCAGUGCUGAUCUGGAACGAAGGUAUAUAGCUUUUACAGAUGGCGGCGCCGCGUGCGCGCUGGACGCGCUGGCCCGCAAGCUGCACGCGCUCACGGACGCCGUGCGCGCGGCCUACCGCCUGCCGCGCGCGCAGCCCUCCGUCUACCACAACGAGGUCUACUGCGAGAGUGGCGAAACAUCUCCAGAAGUAGUGGAGCCGCGAGGAGGCUUGCUCGGCGCAGUGCUGCGAGCGUUGCGCGGCGCCACACUCCCGCACACGCCACACGCCACCAGCACGCCACACGCCACCAGCACGCCACACGCCACACACGACGAGCGCUCGCGAGCCUCCGACGAUAACGAGAACUCCGCCGAGCUGCUCGACUCGGAGACCGAGCCAUGUCUCGUCACAGAUCCCGAUUGCGUGGAGGAGUGGUACUCGGGCGCGUGGAGCGGCGACGAGCUGUCUCCUGAGCGGGACUCGUAUGCUGACAUCGAUAGAGAUCCGGAGUCGGGGUCGGGGUCGGAGCGCGAGUCGCUGCGGAACUUGUCGGCGGCCAUCGCGGCGCGGCACCGCUCAGAGGCCGAGGCGGCGGAGGCGGCGCGCGGCUCGCUGCUGGAGCGCGUGCUGGCGCUGGACCGGCGCCUGGCCGACCUGGCCGCCGCGCUGUCGCUGGCGCUCACGCUGGCCGCCGCGCCCGACGACACGCCCGCCGCGCUCAGAGAGAACCUCGAGGUGACGGAGAGGAAUGCAGCAGAUGUAGUGGUCAAAAAACUCGCCGAGAUAGACGCGAGCAAGCAUUUGAUGGAGCACUAUAGGCAGAGUAUUGAAACACUCAAAAACCAGCUGGUUCAGUCAACUGAGGAGGACGACCUCGAAGUAAUUGAACAGGAGCUGGUGUCGUGUCCCGAGGACGAGCGGCGGCGGCGCUACGACGCGGUGGACGGCGCCCUGGCGGCCCUGUCGCGCCGCGCGGCUCGCUCCUGGCCGCGCCUGGCGCCCGCGCGCCGCACGCUCGAGCACCUCGCCUUCGCCCUGGCCGCGCCCCCGCCGCCGACUGCCUGCGUCUGACCACCGCCAGACACCCUGCUCCGUCCGCUGGUGAUCCAACAGAGCGUGCUCCACUCCGAGCAUUCACCAGCAGUCAACACGUUUUGACGUAUUCCACGACCGUCGGUCACCUGGACCGCUCCAAGAAUACGGCUCACCCCGCCGAGUCAAUUAUUCAAGAAUUAUUCUUCUUAUGUGUGAGCACCGGAAUAUUUCAUACUUGAAGGCGCCCAUGUAAUGGUGUUCCAGUAGUCCCGUACUUUAACGAUGUAAUAGAAAUAAAUCAAAAUUCUUAACUUGCUAUAAGUGUUAAAUGAAGGUAGUCCGAGAAAUGUUAUAAUAAACGGAAGAACACCGUAGAUGUUAAAAUUUUAUCGAGACGACCUCUCUAGAACGCGAUUCUACUUAUAAUUAAUGUUAGCUGUCUUGUCUAGAGAAUUUUAUUAGCAAGUAAGAAAUUAAUUGGAAAUUGGAAUUAUAUUGGCUUAGGUGUUAAAUAUGCAAUAGAGAAAUUAUACACGAACAAGUUAAGAUGUUAAUAUUUAUUGUGUAUUUGAAUUCGGCUGGACCGAAUAAAUAAUUUACACAUUUUGACCACCUAUAUCCUUCUUUAUUAUAUUAACAGCCUUCGCAUAGUAAAAUUUAGAAAAAUCUUGCAUAAUUUUUGAUUAGAAUAAUAUUUAGAAACCUUAUAACGCAAUAGACUCCUAAUACGUGGGGUAAACAAUUCAUUCAACCGACUUAGGUGAGCGAACGCAGAUUACCAAAUAUAUAUAGGGAGGUCUGGCCAGAGAUUAU